UUUAUAAAAUAUAUUCUAAAAAUAUGAUCCAUAUAUUGUUCUUUUUCUUGUGUUUGGUGUCUAGCAUCACUUGCCAUCGAUUUGAUGAUAUAGUGAAAGAUGAUUUGGAAAUAGAGAAACAGUUAAAAAUUAUCAAUAAGUCUCCUGUCAAUAGUAUUCAUACAAAAUUUGGAUACAUUGUUGAUUGUAUUGAUAUUAAUAAGCAACCGGCCUUUGAUCAUCCUUUGCUAAUUAAUCAUAAAUUGCAGAGAAAACCCAGUUUUCAAAAUGAAAUUCAAAAUCACAGUGUAAAGAUUUCAUCAACUAAGGCCACAUUUGGGCUUGCAAAGGACCAAUGUCCAAUAGAAACCGUUCCUAUUAGAAGGACAACUAAAGAAGAUCUCAUCCGUGGCAAAUCAUUUUUUAAUAAUCUUAUAUUUGACGGGAAUCCAAAUAAUCAUGUUGCAUCUAUUUCUCUAAGAACAGUAGAUCCUACAUAUUUUUCUUAUUUUGGAGUUAGUGGAACCAAUAGCGUUUAUAAUGUAAAAGUUGAAAAUGAUCAAUCAAGUUCCUCUGUUAUGUGGGUUCGAAAUGGAGCUAUAGAUAACACUAAUUUUAUCGGCAUUGGAUGGCAUGUGGCACCAGAGUUAUACGACGAUGAUGAAACUCAUCUCUAUGCACUAUGGACGUCAGAUAAUUUCAAGAAUACCGGAUGCUACAAUUUAUUAUGUUCUGGUUUUGUUCAAACAAGCAAAAGUUAUUACUUAGGUGCACCUUUUGCCAAAACAUCUAUCUAUGGUGGAGAAAUGUUUGAGAUCGCAAUAUCCAUUAUUCAGGAUCCUAUAACAAAAGAUUGGUGGGUGACAAGUGAAAAUGAAAAUCUUGGAUAUUUUCCAGCAUCUUUAUUCUCCAACAUGACAUCUGCUGAUCAAGUCGGGUGGGGUGGUAGAGCAACAACUACUUCGGGCGCUCCUGGUCCUCCAAUGGGUUCAGGAUACUUUCCUGAUGAUAUAUUUGAUCAUGCGAGUUAUUUUAGAUAUAUUACAUAUCAGAAUAACUCUAGAAAAAACUUUUCACCAGACAAAUUUUUGAUACAAAGAUUCACUGACAAACCUCAAUGUUAUAAUGCUAAAUUCUAUGAUAAUCAAGGAAAUGAGAUUGGACCUGCGGCUCUCCAAUUUGGAGGACCUGGUGGUAAUUGUGAUGGUUAGGUCAUAUUAUAAGACUUUUAAAUUUAAAUAAAACUUUAUAUUUAUAUCA